AUGUCCGGCGAAGGCCCCGAAAGCAUCCCCACGUCCGCGGACCCGCGCUCGAAGCGCCCGACCAAGAAGCGCGCCCUGACCCCCGUGUCCGCACAAGCGCGCACCGUCGACCAGCUAUUCGCGAAGCCUGACCAAGAGAUCCGGAUCCCCUCCGUAGCCACCACCACCUCCAAUGGCAAGAAGCUCGGCGGAGGCAGAGAACUCCCACCCCCUCCCGAAAUCGUGACCAACGUGCAGGGCUCAAGCGCCGGCGCGGGGUCCGGCGAGUUCCACGUGUAUAAAGCGAGCCGGCGCCGGGAGUACGAGCGCCUGCGGCGGAUGGACGAAGAAGUUGCCCAGGAGCGCGCGCGCCUCGAGUUCGAGCGCACCCGCGAGGAGAAAGAGCGCCACGACGAGGAGAAGACGCGCCGGAAUCGCGAGAAGCGCGAGAAGGCUAAGGCUAGGAAGGCCAACAAGGGGAAGAACGGUGGUGGUAGUAAUAAUAAUGGCGAAAAGAACGGGACUUCGAGUAAACCUGCCACCGCCGCUGCCGCCGCUCCAUCGGCACCACACAGUAAUAACAAUGUAAAAGCUAGGAUCGAUACAAAGAGAGACGAGAACAAGACCGAGGGAACAACAGAGACCGCGGAUGGCGACGUGUCCUCCACCACACAAGGAGAGGCGCCGCCAGUGGAGGUGCAGGGCAUAGUCAUCGAGGAGGAUUAA